AUGGAGCCAAUUACCCCACAACACCAAAAAGAGGAUUUCCGCACUUUCAUCACAAGAGUGAACAUCAAAUUUGGUCUUGAGAUCCCCCUCCCUGGAAUUGAGUCCCCUUCAGCUCGAGAGAGAGAUACCAGCCUCCCUAGUCAGAUCUACAAGCAUAUUCGCCCAUUGUUCUUCAAUAACAAGUGCGAUAAGAGAAGUUUGAUCUACAACCUCGAGGAAUGGGUCCGUGGAAACCUACCGUUGGACAAGACCCAAGUCCAGAAGCCUGUCUAUCGAACCAAUGCAGAUCGACGGGCAAGCCAACGGCACCAGAGCGAGGAGCCCGCGCUUCCACUCUCGCUCACCGACCUUGAAAAGGAUAUGUGCAUGAACCACCUGUUGAAGCUCAUGGAUGAUGAGGAAUGGCUUUUGACAAAUGGUCGGGUGGUCAACACCAAAAAAAGGUUAGCCGCUAAUUCUUUUGGGGAUGCCAAGGGCUUAUUACCAAAGAAACGAAGGUUUGAAGAAGAUGAAGACGAAAAAGAUGACUUCCACACUGCACCUAAUUCCCCAGUGAAGGGGUCUGUAUUAGCUCUGCCCCCUUUAGGAAAGAACGGGGAUGGAGGACUACAAUUCCCCGAGGUGGUACAGGCAGCAUUUCAAGGCCCUCGAAGGACUUCCGGGGUUACGAACUUGCCGGUCAAUAGCCAUCGGGCGGUUCAGUCUUCUACACGGGGGUCGGUAGCAAUUGCGUCGCCAGCAAUAAGUCAAGUUCAGCCACCCAGAAGAAACGAUAGACCCAUUCAGUCGCCUGAGAAGAGCCAAGAGAGUGUCCGUGUACCAGCGAAGUAUUCGGCGACCUUUCCUCCGCCAGCAAAGGCGCAACCAACCCAGGGCCAAGGGUUCCACCAAUCGCUCCCUAAAAAAGUGGUCACUAAAUCACCACCCAAGCCUCAAGGCAAUAUCCCCCCUCCGACGAGGUCGACCAGCGCUUCGUCGCCAGCGAAGGUUCCAGGGGCUGCCCAAUCACCCGCAAAGAAUCCUGGAUCUGUCCAAUCGCCAUCCAAAACCCCCAAAUCGGUCAAAUCACCCUCCCAAUCGCCGUUGAAACAGAUGGAUCUUCGAUCGUUUGGGUUCGUCAACAGCCCCAGCAAAGAAAUCUCUCCCGUCCGGGAAGAUGUUGAGUUCAAGAAGCCUACUUUAUUUGAAAAGCUUAGCGCGGUAUCCAAUGAAUCUAAGCGCAAUAGUAUGACACAGUCGUUCAAUGCCACCUUUUCGACGAGGGUCCCUUCGUCGGUCUUUACGUCUCGCGAUUCUAGCUUGGGGCAGUCAUUCGAUUCGGUCAUGACAGACGCGACGGAGCCAAUGGAUACCCAAUCAACAUAUGCAGACUCAGUCGUCGGGUAUAUGGCUAGCGACGAGAUGCUAAGGAGCGUGGACGCUACUGCUAUUUCCAUGAUGGUAAAUUCCGACCCCGCUGAGACUGAGUAUUCCCUCAGGCAGGAGUUCAUCGGUGAGCUUCUUUCUUACGGCCCGUUUUCAAUGGAAGAAUCCUUCUCGGCGACAAUUCCAUUGCGAUUCCGAUAUGAGCUGGAACGCAUUGGACGUGCUUGGGGAAUUCCGUUCAAACAAAUACUCGUUGGCGACCGUGUGAACUUUAACACCCAAGAUGAUUUCUGGUCAUGGGUUAGCGGGCUUGGUCGACGUUAUGACCGUCCGCUGCCAGAGAGAUCGCCGCGUCGGGCCUGGGAUGCUGCUGUUGGUGAUUUCAAAUCAGAUAAGCAUUCAGAGGUGGUGGUAUUGUCAGGAGACUUGGACUGGUGUGACGAGUCUGAGCCGGGUGUUUUCAAAUUAAAACUCAACCCACUCAAGCCAGAGCGGACGUGUCGAUUUCACCGUAGAUUUGGGUCGGAUAGAUUCCUGACCCUUACCAUUCCAGCCCCGGAUCGGCCUCCCGCCCAUCAGAAACAACCUUCUUAUCCAUCUGUCCUUCGUGAGAGUAUUGCUUCCUGGCUCACACGGAAUGAUCAUCAUUGCCUCGGGCGGACCUGGCGAGCUUUCUAUGUCGAAGAAGUAAAAACUAAGCGAAAGGCCAAGAGUGAGCCUCGAUUUCGAGUCGAGUUCUUCGCCAUUGAUGGUAGCGACUUUGGUCAUGGGUAUCAGUUACCGCCGGUGGUGACCCCUCCUCGACAGCAAAGUGACAGCCAUACUACGAUGAGUGUAGAUGCUUUGCUGGAAUGGCAUAUGCCAAAGACUGCGAAUGCGAAUCAAAGCAAUUGCAAGCUCUUUCAGCGCAUAUCUCUGGGCUUGUCGAAGACAUUUGCGACGGUUACCUUAAAGCCAACGCAAGUGCUUCGUUUGAGAGAUGAUCCAACCCGGCCUGUCAUGAAUGAUGGAUGUGCUCUGAUGUCGAGGAAUCUUGCGAACCAAAUUUGCGAUCAACUGGGCAUAACCACUGCCACGCCUAGUUGUUUCCAGGGCAGAAUAGCAGGCGCAAAGGGCCUCUGGAUGGUUGAUUGCCAUCAGUCUAGUAUCACUACCGUAAACGACGAUGACAUCUGGAUCCAGAUCUCCGACUCGCAGUUGAAAAUCCAUCCUCAUCCAGAGGAAUGGGCUGAUCCGGCUGACGAUGAGAAGUUGACGUUCGAGGUAGUCAACUGGGCUAAACCAUUGCACCCUGUUGACCUCAAUAUCCAGCUUCUUGCAAUUCUAGAGCAUGGUGGUAAAGUGAAGGAGUAUAUUGCCCAGCUCACGCGUGACGGUAUGCAGAGUCUUUACGACGACUUCCUUGAGGUUCUUCGAUCAAACAGCCCCGUGGUUUGUCGAGCCCUGCUUCAGAAGCUCAGGCCCUCUGGUGAGGACGGAACUGGCAAAGCUCGACGAAUGGAACAGUGGAUGACCAGUGAUGCUGAGUCUAUCAUCCGUUUCUCAGAGGCUGGCUUUGCCCCACGCGACUUUUUCCCCCUCCGGUUGAAGAUCCGCCAAUAUCUGACAUGGCUUCUUGAGCGACAUGUUGAAGAGCUCAAAAUCCAAGUUCCUCUCUCCACCUAUGCAUACUGCAUUGCGGAUCCAUAUGGAGUUCUCGGACCGGACGAAGUUCACUUCGGCUUCUCCAAUAAUUGGCGGGAUCCACAGGGUCAGUUUGAAGACAACCUCCUCGAUGGGUUGGAUGUUCUCGUGGGCCGACUUCCAGCCCAUCUACCGUCUGAUAUUCAACGGCGCAGGGCUGUAUGGAAGACUGAACUGCGCCAUUUUAAAGAUGUGAUUGUAUUUCCCACCACAGGAAACUUUCCACUAGCCGGUAUGCUAUCCGGGGGAGAUUACGACGGCGACACGCCAUGGAUCUGCUGGGAUCCAAUGAUUGUCGAGAAAUUUAGCAAUUCCAAAAUGCCCGACCAUGAAUAUCCUGUAAAACACUAUGGCCUCACGAAGCACUCCGUCCCGAUGUCUUCGCUAGAGUCGACGGAAGACUUCUUGGAAAGUGCGUUCGCUUUCAACCUCACUCUUUCAAGCCUGGGUCGAUGUACCGCUGAGCAUGAGAAACUGGCAUACGAUGAAUCAGUCGACUCUCCGAAAGCGAAAGAGUUAGCCUGUCUCUUAGGUCAUCUUGUAGAUGGUCGGAAAGGUGGAGUCCACCUUUCAGAGCAAGCCUGGAAAGUAUACCGCAAGACCGUCAGCCCUAGGCAACGUGAGCUUCCCGCGUAUCGUAACACAGACCGCAAGUACAACCGUGAUAACAUUGUCGACUUCCUCAAAUUUAAGGUCGCACGGUCGGAGCUUCGCAGAAUUCUGUCAGGUCUCAACGAGGCAUUCCCUGAGAACGACAUCCAGAAUCAGCUCGACGAUGAUCUUCUUCGUCCGUGGAUUGAAGCCGAGAAAGAAUCGAAGAGCAGUCAAGAGUUAAAAGACGCCCUUGAUGAAGUUCGAAGGUCGAUAGACGAACAAUACAAGCUGUGGAACCAAGGACACUCUGCUUCUACCGGCGACGAAUUCUCUGCUAUAUCACGUCAAGCUGCCCAGACUGCAGCUGCACUCCCUCCUCCCCACGCCGGCAAACAUCCGCUCAUCCACACUUGGCAAAAUAGCCGCAAUGAGUGGCGACAGUUGGUAGCUUCGUAUGCUUACCGCCGUUCUCCAAACUCCCGGUUUAUUCUUCAUGCCUUUGGCGAGACGUUGUGCGAGAUCAAGGCGUCGGUCUCGCCAUCCCGUCUUGUGACUAAUGAGGUGAUCGCCUGCUACCGAGUGAAUCAGAAAAUGGUGGCACAUCUUACAGCCAAUGAAUUGCCUGGGGAUGAGAGCGACGAUGCGGAUGAGUAUGAAGAUGGAGAUGCUAUUGAAGCCAUGCUAUCCUUUUAG